AUGAUAUGGAAGUGUUGCAUAAUAUCUUACUCCAGAUUGAAUGUCCUGUAACAUUCUACAAAGAAAAGGAUCCUAACAACAUUUAGUUGCUUUCAUAAGAUUGGUCACAUUAUGAGAGCAUUGCUAAAGGUCCAAAGAAGUUAAUAAAUACAGAAGAGGAGAAGAAGAGUAAGAGUAGCUUAAUAGAAAAAUCUUAAGGCAAGGGCUAUAUUUUAAAUCUUGUAAGGCUAAAAGGAGAAACAAUUAGAGGCCUAACUUAUGUAAGAGGAAAGAAUCUCAGAUUAGAUAUCAGCAUAAAGUCGAGAAUUAGUCAGAAAACUAAGGGUAGAUUCGUAAGUAUCCACUUCAGAAUGGCGAUCUUAAGCCUAUACAGGGAGAGAAGAAUAAGAAGUAAAUGAAAUAGUAAAAACUCUCGAUUUGGCUUAGAUAAUUGAUGGAAAGAAGAAUGAGACUCUUUUGCCUCCAAUUGCUUUUCCACAAGAGGUAACUCGAUUUGUUGAGGCCUAUUGGCUGAAUAGUUACCUAAGACUAUUUAUGAAACAUAACUAUGAAUACGCGAAAUCGCCUUUGAUGAAGGACUAUUUUCAGAAUAUUAUAAGCAGAGGGUUAUGGAAUUGA